AUGCUACCAUGGGUUGUGUCCAACUUGGGGUUUGUGGUCUGGUCGGGUUUGUACCGCUCGGUGGUGGAAACCCUCAGGUGCGACGACGACCACGGUGAGUUUUUCUUCUCCAACGGGGCCGUCGUGCACUUCUACUUCGCCAACCGCGACGAAGACAAGCGCAUUACGGACGCCCUGGCGCCGCACGACAAAGAGGACUUCUCCUACUACACCGCCGUCUUCGCGAACCCGGGGAACAAGCCGAGUGUCGAGGCGGACGCGGUGCUGGACGCUGCGUUUGAGCUUCAGGCCGCCGGGGUGCCCUUCUUCUGGCUCAGCACGUACGAGGGGAAAGGGGACCCUCAGCGCUGGAACUCCCCGCAGAGGGAGACCGACUUUCCGGGGUCCGGCGCAAAGUUCGUCCGCGUGGUCGACAUGGUCCAGGGCCUCCACAGGCUGACGAGGAAGGUGGUGGAGCGAACGGUAGAAGACGACCCGCACUUCUGCAUGCCGGGUCCUCCGGACGAGGUCGGGAUCCUGCUCCUGAAGCUUCUGUGGGCCCUGCACCAUGAGAAGAACGGUUCCUACUGA